AUGCUCUCUCCAAACAACCAGCCCCAUCAAGGAGAACCCCUCACCUUCCCCGCGGCCCAAGCGGCCCUCCUCACCCCUUACCUGCCUCCUCCACCUCCACCGUCAGCAGCAGCAGGACCCUCGAGGGAUGAUGAAGAUGAAGCCCCGGCCGGCAGCACCCAUUCGCCUGCAGUGCACGUAACGCUGACCUACGCGCACUCGCUCGACGCGAGCAUCGCGCUGGCGCCGGGGGCGCGCACCGCGCUGUCGGGCCCGGCGUCCAAGGCCAUGACGCACUACCUGCGGGCGCGGCACGACGCGAUCCUCGUCGGCGCCGGCACCGCCGUCGCGGACGAUCCCGGGCUGAACUCGCGCCUGCUUUCUCCCCGGCCGGUGGUUCUCGACCCGCGCGGGAGGUGGGCUGUGCACGAGGGGAGUAGGGUGAUCAGGACGGCGAGGGAGGGGAUGGGAUUGGCGCCGCUGGUGCUGGUGGGGCACCCGGCGGCGGUGGUGGAGGAGAGGCGGCGCGUGCUGGAGGCGGUCGGGGGGCGGUAUAUCGUCUUGGAGCCGCGGGCAGCCGGAGGCAGGAGGUUCGACUGGGCGGAUGUGCUGGCCGUGCUGCGGCGCGAGGGGCUGCGGAGCGUCAUGGUCGAGGGCGGCGCCGGGGUGAUCAACUCGCUGCUUGCGCCGCCGGGGAACGCGCUGGUCGACUCGGUCAUUGUGACCAUUGCGCCGACCUGGCUGGGCCAGGGGGGCGUCGUCGUGUCGCCGCCGAGGACGGCUGCCGAGGAUGGGACGGCGGCGCCGCCGGUUAGGUUGACGGACGUGAAGUGGUGUCCGCUGGGGGAGGAUGUGGUUCUGUGCGGGAGGAUUCGGAGGUGA